AGCCACUGAAUGUUGGUUCAUCCGCACAAUGUGUGCAAAGCAGUGACCUCUAUGGACACACACAGCAGGUGCCUUGCUCCACUCCCAUGGUGCAUGCCAUGUCCUCACUGCUAACUGUGCCAGUGGGAGAAUAGGAACCAUUUUAGAGGAAAUACAAAAGAAAAUGGCCCCUCUUGGAGCAUUUUGUCCCCCAGGGUGUGGGGUCAUGUCACACCCAAUGCGGCAUCUCCAGCAGAAAGCACUGCUCUUCAUGGAACGCUCCCACAUCACCACCUCCCCUUUAUGUCUUGCAGUUGCAGCCAUGCCGACGACCAACCAAGGCUGGCCAGAAUCAUUUGGCUUCUCUCUGGGUGGCAGCGGGCCCUGCUACGUUCUGUGGGUGCAGGAGGGCAGCAGUGCAGCAGCAGCAGGGCUGCGACCUGGUGACGAGGUGCUGGAGCUGGAAGGACAGCCCGUUGCCUCCCUGGGCUGCCCGGCAUUGCUGGCAUUAGCCCGGCGCUGCAGCUCUGUGCCCCCCAGCAUCGGUGUGCUGUCCCGGCUGCAGCACGUCGAUCUGCCCCCAGCCCCACACCUGGGCUUGCAGCUGGAGGGUGGCAGCCCGCUGAGUGUGGCCAGUGUGUCUCCUGGCUCCCCUGCUGCCACCUGCGGCAUCGCCCCUGGGGACCUGCUGCUGGAGGUGGAUGGUGUGGCUGUGCGUAGUGCCGAGGCGGCAGCCGAGCUGCUGGCAUCCUGCAGCAGGAGAGCUCUGAGGCUGGGGCUGCUGCGGCCACAGAGGGAUCUCAGCCCCAGCGCUGCUGCUGUGCGCAUGGAGAGGAAGCAGAAGGCACAGGAGUUCAGCAAAAAGGUAAAGAUGGGGCGUGAGGGGGGCACCCAGAUGGAGCUCAGCACUGUGCUCCUCACAUCCCAUGUCUGGCACACCCAUAUGAGGACACCCAAACCAGGCUGCUGGGUGUGGACUCAUGGAAUUAUAGGAUUAUUUGGGUUGGGAAAGACCUCUACAGUCAUCAGUACCAGAGAGAAGGGUCCAGCACAAACCCAUCUUUCAAUGAUUGCUGAGAGGACAAAUGGGAGCUAUGAAAAGCUUUGGGUGUGGAUCCCAGGUGCUCGUUUUUGCUCUGUGGGACCACACCAACACUUCCUGAGUGCCCUCCUUCUGCCUGAGCAUCCCCAUGAAGUCCCACUGUUUGCAAAGGGAGAAACAUCAGUGCCCCUUUGUUCUGUGCUGCAGGUGGAUGCCAUCCUGGGGGACCAGCCUGAGCUCAAGGAGCAGGUUUUUGCCGUGCUGAAGCAGUACGCAGCUGAGCGGAGGGUGGAGUGCUUGGCCUGUGCCCUGUGCAUGCUGCUCACCCAGGAGUCCCACCAGCACCUCAUUGACAGCAUCAGGAUUUUCAUCCCCAAGAAACACCGUCAGCGCUUCGAUGAGGUGGUGUCACAGAGCCUGAUCAGCAAGUUGUGCCGCUCCAAGAGUGAGCAGCACAGCAACCGCCUGCGGCGCAGCCGGAGUGAGGACCACCAGGAGCGGCUGCUCGUGUCCACCCGUGCCAGCUCUGUGCCCCGCAGCCACGAGGAGCUCAGCAAGAGCCUGCGGAAAACCACCUCGCUCAUCACCAGCAAUGUGGCCUCAGGGGCUGCCCGCAGGACGGUGCGAGUUUAUAAAGGCAACAAAAGCUUUGGCUUCACGCUGCGUGGACAUGCACCAGUGUGGAUUGAGUCUGUUCUGCCAGGGAGUCCAGCUGAGAAGGCUGCACUCAAACCUGGAGACCGAAUCCUAUUUCUCAAUGGCCUGGACAUGAGGAACUGCUCUCAUGACAAAGUGGUAUCGAUGCUGCAGGGCAGUGGGGCGAUGCCCACCUUGGUGGUGGAAGAGGGCAUCGUCAACUUCUCCAGUGACUCUGACUCUGCCGACUCCCCGACCAGCUCCUCUGCGCUCACCUCCCUGCAGUGGGUGGCAGAGAUCCUCCCCUCUAGCAUCAAGAUUCAAGGGAGGACCUUCAACCAGCAGCUGGAGCACCUGCUCACCCCACCUGAGCGCUAUACCAUCUGCAAAGCGCUGGAGAGCUUCUUCCAACAUCGGAACAUUGACACUCUUAUUGUGGAUGUGUACCCGGUGCUGGACACACCAGCCAAGCAAGUCAUUUGGCAGUUUAUCUACCAGCUGCUGACGUACGAAGAGCAGGAGCACUGCCAGCAAAAGAUUGCCAGGUUUCUUGGUUACAAAUCCUUGGCAGCUGAGCCCGAGGCAGAGGAGCGCUACCGCAGCUCUGUGAGAGGGGCAUCCUUGUGCAGGAGCAGCCUCCGGACCAACCGACCUGAGGAAGGAGGGGCUGCAGGUCAAAGCGACACCGUGGAGGUCCCAGUUCGGCUGAUCCCUGGAGAAAGGCAGGCUGGUGACGGCACGUCCCUGCCAGAGACACCCAACCCCAAAAUGAUGUCAGCUGUCUAUGCAGAAUUGGAGAACCGCCUGCUGGGCAGCUUCGCCAGCAAGGUGGGCAAUGCUGCCCUGCACCAAGCAUCACCCCCAGCCCCCGACCCAGCACAUGCUGCAGGUGCCCGCAGAUCAGGUGUUCCUGUCUCAUGGCCAAGUGACCCACUGGCCGCCCAGCAGUGCUACUACCGCCUGCACAGCAGCCUACAGUCCCCGAGCAGCACCGAGUCCAAUCCCUAUGUCAGCCUGGACAGCAGCCCGGCUCCAUCCCCCCAGCACCGGCCCUACCAGCUCAGCCCGCUGUCGCGGCGCAAGAAGCUCUUCACCUUCUCCAGGCCGCCACGCAGCCGUGACACCGACCGCUUCCUGGAUGCACUCAGCGAGCAGCUGGGACACCGUGUCACCAUCGUGGAUGAUUUCCUCACCCCCGAGAAUGACUACGAGGAGAUGAGCUUCCACGACGACCAGGGCAGCUACGUCACCAACGACGUCAGCAGCAGCGAAUACAUCAGCAGCAGUGACGAGGGCAGCUCCCUCACCUACUCCACGCUGUCAGACCACAUCCCCCCACCUCCGCUCAGCCCCCCACCACCACCACCCCCUCUUCAGUUCCAUGACCCCCAGCCUGUCCCUGCCAAGGCUGAGGCACCAAAGGCCAGCACCUCUCCUGCCCCCAAGCCCCUGGUGGGCCACCUGCACCCUGUUCCACCUCCGCCGCCCCCCCCACCACCCCCACCUGUGCCCUGUGCUCCCCCCCUGCACCGGGGGCUGCUGCACCGCCGGAACGAGACCAACCACAUGAGUGUCAAGAGGCUGCGGUGGGAGCAGGUGGAGAACUCGGAGGGGACCAUCUGGGGACAGCUCGGGGAGGACUCGGACUAUGACAAGCUGAGCGACAUGGUCAAAUACCUCGACCUGGAGCUUCAUUUUGGGACACAGAAGCCAACCAAGCCAACUUUCAUGCCUGAAACAUUUAAAAAGAAAGACGUGGUCGAAAUUUUGUCCCACAAAAAGGCGUACAACACAUCCAUCCUGAUCGCCCACCUGAAGCUCUCACACAUGGAACUACGACAGAUCCUCAUGACGAUGGAGACAGACCGCCUGGAGCCUUCCCACAUCAAGCAGCUCCUGCUCUAUGCCCCGGAUGGGGAGGAAGUGCAACGCUUCCAGAGCUACAAGGAGAACCCUGGCAAGCUGAGCGAGCCUGACCAGUUUGUAUUGCAGAUGCUGUCAGUCCCAGAGUACAAGAUCCGACUACGCAGCCUUCACUUUAAGACCACUCUGCAGGAGAAGACGGAGGAGAUCAAAGCAAGCUAUGAAUGCAUUUGCAAGGCCUCUCUGGAGCUGAAAAGCAGCAAGAAGCUGGCGAAGAUCCUGGAGUUUGUGCUGGCCAUGGGAAACUACCUGAACAAUGGGCAGCCCAAGACCAGCAAAACAACAGGCUUCAAAAUCAACUUCCUCACAGAGCUGAACACAACCAAGACCGUUGAUGGGAAAUCCACCUUCCUGCACAUCCUUGCCAAAUCUCUCAGCCAACACUUCCCAGAGCUCUUGGGCUUUGCCAAGGAUCUUCCCACAGUGCCCCUCGCUGCCAAAGUGAACCAGAGGACGCUGACAGCCGACCUGAAGGACCUUCACACCACUGUUAGUGACAUCCAGAUGGCCUGCCACAACAUGCCAGCCACUGCUGAGGACCGGUUCGCCAUUGUGAUGACCUCCUUCCUGGAGAGUGCACAGCCUGCCAUGCGCUCGCUGGACGACCUGCAGCACAGGGCCAUGGAGGAGUUCAGCAAGGUGCUGUCCUUCUUUGGGGAAGACUCCAAGAUGACAACUUCAGAAGCUUUCUUUGGCAUUUUUGCAGAAUUCAUGAGCAAGUUUGAGCGGGCACUCAUGGAUGUGCAGGUUGGGGACAACCAGCGCAGCCCCAGGAUGACAUCCCCCCUUGCCUGGUGACAACACAAGGUGCAACAGUUCAUUGCCAAUUAAGUGCAAUUUGCUCCCGUUUAGUUUGGUUGUAAAUACGCUGCUGCCACCUGCUACCAUCGAGCAGAACCGCAGGGGCCGGGAAGGCCUGGACACUGAGCACACACACAGAUGGCUGCAGAUGGAGACAGGGCUGAGGCACUGGUGCAUGAAGGGAAACGCUGUGUUGGUUUGAUGGCAUCCUUCCUAGCAUCCUUCAUUUCCAGUGUAUUGCAGAAUCAAGGACUGCAGACACAUCUGGGUGAAACCCCACUGCUCUGUGCUCCCAUGGCACACAGUCCUGGCAUCAGUGGUUGCUGGAGCCCUGUCCCUCAUCCCCAUGGCCAUGAUCUGUGUGGCUGUGCAAGGUCCCAGCCUCUCAUGCAGGAUGCAGCCCCAGUGUUCCACUUGCAGGUGCAAAGCCCUGAUGCCAGGUGCCUGAGCUGGAAGCACCAGGGAUGGGGUUCGCUUUGCAGCAAUGCUGGGGCAAUGGGAAGAAAUGAGACCUCGCAGAACCCCGAUGGCACAAUAUAUAAUCCUAAAUGAGGAUCCAGACUGGUUCUACCCAGCCGCCUGGGGGAGCAAGAAAAGUUCCACAGCCCUUCCUGGCCAUCAGCUUUGCUUAAGGGUUUGUCAAUGACUGACAGAAAUCUUCCUGAUAAUCUAAUAUCAUCAGCAAUGGACUUAUCUGAACUCACCAGGAGCCAGGAAUCCCGGAGCAUUUUGGUGCCUCCUUGGAAAGCACAAAAUCAUUGCUAGCUUAAAAACGAAUUGGGGCCCUCUGAUGCUGUGGUACUGCUCUGAGGGCAGCAGAGAGCAGCAAGAAUGCACCCCGUGCCCUCUGGAACCCUCUCCCAGGGCUUGGGUCCCUUUGGCAUGUGCAAUGACUUGAGCAGUCCAUGCAGGCUGUACCGGGGGCCUGAGAAGCAUGAACACCCAUCCUGCAGCAGAGGCUGAUUGUUAUAAUCAAGUCAAUUCCCUAUGAGAUGUCCCGGGACAAAGGGCUAGCAGCACCCUACGCUCCAUGCACGUGCCUCCAGACCACGCAGCGCCUGUGAGCUUUGUGGCACAACACCGCAGCACGUUACCAUUGCGAGGCACUGCUUGCUGCACAGCGCAGCCACUGCUGUGCAUGUCCCACCCACCUGAGCCCCCCACUUGCCUAGGUGACUCUCCCCAUGCUGAUGCCAGAGUGAGAGCUCUUACCGUGCUGAAAUACACAAUUACCAACCGGUGCAUUAUUCAUGGGAGACCUUAUAACCAUCAAAUCUUUUGUUCUCAAUAUGUUUUUUUAACCCCUCUCCCCACUUGUAUUCAGUUUAUACAGCUGUAAGUGCCAGGCAGUUCCCAGCCUUGUGCUGUCAGAGCUCUUCUCUCCCCCAGUGAUGGCGCAGUGCAAUGCACGCUCAUCUCCACUUUACAUUGCGGAUGUUCUCACUGCAUUCAGGUUUGGGUUUUUGUUGUGUCCUUUUUUUUGUUGCUGUAAACAUGUAUUAAACAUUCAAACCGCUGGGGGUUAAUACGCAACUGUCAUUAAACAUGUGACCAUGCUGUACAUAGAUUUUGCUAUAUGUUGUAACUUUCCAGGACAGCUGGAGCCCUGACCCCCCCUGGUAUUUAUAUGUGAAUAUUUUCAAAGACCCAGAACUUCAGAGACAUGGUUCUAUCAUUUGAUAAUGGGACUGUGUGUUUUCAUGGGUCAGUCCCUACCUGAUGCCUAUGUGCUGUUCCCAAAAUAAAGCUGCUGCCUUCUGCCUCCUGGCUGCACACCUCACUAUCGGUCCCUUAACCUGCAUUGGGAAGGUGCAUCGUCUGACCCUGCUGUUGUAGG